AUGGAGUUUCCACCUGCCAAAUGCACUCCAUUAUCGAUUCUCGACUCCAGUGUCGGCAAUUUUUCUGCCACGGCCGCAGUGUGGGUAUAUAACGGCCCAAGCUCACUGGAUUCGACUUCUCUCCAGACGGCACUCAUCAAGACCCUUGACGUUUAUCCGCAAUGGGCGGGCCAAAUUCGUUGCACCAAAUACAAUCCUUCCUCUGGGCAUACGACUCGCUCCCGUCGUCUCGAGGUCGUUUACGGGACAUCCAAUGACCCUGGGGUCGAAUUUGUAGUGGCAAAUACUGCUGAAGAGGUUGAUUCAGUAUUUCCUUCCGUCGAGGAACGCACAUCCACCCCCACAGCUUGGAACGCGACAUCCCUUGCUGCUCUAAACCUCCUCCCCCAAUCGCCUGCUCUAGCGAAUGGAGAUGUUAUGGGCCUCCCCGCUCUCGUCGUCCAAGUAACAAAAUUCGCCUGUGGCGGGAUUGCAAUUGCUCUCAAAUCGUCUCAUCCCAUGGCCGAUGCUCAAACACUGACCACAUUCGUCAAAGAUUGGGCAGAAAUGCACCGUGCUAUCACGCAAAACCUCCCGACUCCCGCAAUUACUCGGCAUUUUGUGCCAUCUGACGUCGACAAUGCUGCUGCAGGUGACAUCGACGCCGAAAGCGCAGACUCAAAUGUGCUUCGGAGAGCCCGAGAGCUUCCCAUCCAUCGUUACGACUGGUGGGCUUCGAGCGAUGAUUGUCCCGAAUUCAUGCUCGACUCGACCCGUAUUCCUCUGUACAUCAAAGCGGGUGUUGAUUUUACCUACGGCCCCCCACUUCCCUGGGCGGAAUGGGACCAUACCCAACCAAUCAGCAACUACAUCUUGCACUUCAGUGCAGCUGAAAUAUUUCGCAUCUGGCAAGCAGCGAGUGUUCCAGGCCAAGUAAUCAGUCGUUUCGACGCUCUCCAAGCCCACGUUUGGUCGGUCUUGAUACGCGCCCAUCAGCCUAAGCAGGGCGAAAAUUUCCACUUGAAUCUUUCCCUGGGUGUGCGCGAACGACUUGUUCGCCCACUCCGGGAAGCGCUGGGCUCGCCAAUCGUCCUUGCUCGCGCGACUGCGACAGGAGAAUCAAGUCUCGCAGAACUCGCCCAUCACUUACGCGAAACGGUCACGUGGUUCACGCCCAUUCGCGUUUCUGCGCUCUUACACGAGAUGGCCUUUGAUAUCGAUGCUCGCAGGAUGUGGGCGGGCUUUAUCGGGAGCCGCAACAUGAUCGUAACAUCCUGGCUAAGACUGGGCGUAUACGAGGUUGAUUUCGGCGCCGGUCGGCCGCGGUUUGUGCAUUCAGUCAUGCCUGCCCUCGAAGGAAUCGUGCAGGUCAUGGAAGCCAGGCCGCGCAUGGAGUCUGGUGGCCCGUGGUACCAAGAUGGAGCAAGCGUUUCAAUAAUGUUGCCUAAUUCGGUAUGGGAGACGUUUUUGGUUGACCAAGACCUUCGUAAAUUUGCCUGA